AUGCACAGGCCACCAUACCAGGAUCGAAUAUAUUCCCGUGGUGAAGGUCAGCUAAGUUGGCUUGCUCGACGAAGACGGAUUCGGACGGUUCAUAUCUAUCUAUCUAUCUAUCUAUCUAUCUAUCUAUCUAUCUAUCUCUCUCUCUCUAUAUAUAUAUAUAUAUAUAUAUAUAUCGCUUUGUUCAUAUCUAUCUAUGUCUGUCUGACUGUCUGUUUAUAUACAUAUUCAUCUUUCUCUUUCUAUCUAUCUGUUCAUUCCUAUCUAUCUAUCUAUCUAUCUAUCUAUCUAUCUAUCUAUAUAUAUAUAUAUAUUUCAUAUCUAUCUAUCUAUCUAUCUAUCUAUCUAUCUAUCUAUCUAUCUAUCUAUUCAAAGCUUUUCAUAUCUAACUCGGUAUGUUCGCAUCUAUCUAUCUAUCUAUCUAUCUCAUGUUUGUUAAUUAUCUAUCUAUCUAUCUAUCUAUCUAUCUAUCUAUCCCAAUUUCUCUUCAUAUCUAUUUUGACCUGUCCAAAUAUCUAUCAUCUAUCUAUCUAUUUUGAAAUGUCGAAAUCUAUCUAUCUAUCUAUCUAUCUAUCUAUCUAUCUAUCUAUCUAUCUAUUUUGA